AUGGCCUACGAUCCUUCAACCCCUCGACCACUGCCCGGUCUGCCCUGGGCACCUCUCGGCAGAAGAGAGCCUCUCAGCAUCCCGCCCUACUCACUGCCCGCCGCGCCUACCCGCCAUCCAACCGCGGCGACACGGAUUUCAACGAGAUCGCACAAUCAUGAAACGAGCAGACUACGAGCUAAAGGUCUGGAUACUCAGCAUUCGCCUGCGCCUCCACUUCGUGCAAACACACGCCCACCUGCAGCGUUGACACCUGUCGCCAAUUACAAUUUCGAACUCAGGACCCAGUUCAAUGGGAGAGACGUUCGGGGACAUAUCCCAUACGUCGAGGUCAGAGGUCACGACUACACGGAUGAUAGUAUUAGAAGCGAGAAGCCGGCGAGAAAGAGUGUGUUUCGAGAGGAAUUGCAGACUGUUGCGGGAAGUGAGUAUGAUGGCGAUGAUGAGGGCUCUCGGCGUAUGCGUCCUCGAGAUGAUUGA